AUGAAUAGUAGUAUUGAUUCAACAUUCUUCAAUGACUAUGUUUAUUUCACUAUUACUCGUGCAUAUUCUUCAAUUAGUAAAGAAGACAGAAUUGCUGCAAAAAAUAUUCAACAAGCAAUAUUAUUAAGAAAGAAAUAUUUAAAUUUUAGUGAUGGAAGUGAAGUUUACCCACCUCACUAUCACCUUUCCAAUCAAGUUAAUAAUGAUCAUUAUUCUUUAUUAAAAAUGAGUGAUGGAGUAUUUCAGAUUAUUCAAAAUAAUAAAGCAAUUAUGUCAAUUGUUCAAUACAAACAAUAUUUAAUAGAUUAUAAGACAUUAUUAAAUUUAUGCGAAAGUAGUAUUGUCAAAAAUUUUGCAGAACAACGAUUAAAUGAAUUGUCAAGAAAGUUUAAAUUGCAUUGUUUAUUAAAUUCUCGAAAAUCUAAAAGUCAAACAUCAGUUGAAGAUAUUCAUACAAUAUCUAAAAUUGAUACUCAUAUUCAUGCUGCUGCAUGUAUGACAGAAUCACAAUUAUUAAAAUUUCUUAAAGAAAAAAAUAAAUCAAGUAAAUCAGAAUUUGUUGGAUAUUAUACAAUGGAUUCAGGUGAAAAAGAAUUAGAAACAUUAGAACAUAUGUGUAAAAGAUUAGGAGUUAAUUUAGAAGAAUUUACAUUAAACCAAUUAGGAGUACGUGCAGGUAUUGAAUUUUUUAAUAGAUUUGAUGUAUUUAAUGCUUCAUAUAAAAUUGCAGGAGAAGAUUUAUUAAGAACAGUAUUUUUAAAAUCAGAAAAUUAUAUGCAUGGAAAAUAUUUUGCUGAAUUAAUUCAUAAUGUUUUUGAUACAUUAAAUGGUACACCAACACAUUUAGAACUUAGAUUAAGUAUUUAUGGAAGGUCAUUAGAUGAAUGGGAAAAAUUAGCUGAGUGGAUUGAUAUGUGGGACCUUAGACAUCCACAAAAUAAAUGGAUGAUUCAAUUUCCAAGAAUAUUCCAUGUAUGUAAAGGAAAUAAAGAAGAAUAUACAUUUGAAACAUAUAUGAAUAAUUUAUUUAAACCAUUAUUUGAUGCAUCUUUAUAUCCAGAGAAAUAUCCACAAUUAGCAGAAUUUCUUAGUACAGUAUCUGGUUUUGAUUCAGUCGAUGAUGAAAGUGCAUUAGAACAAACAGUUGGAAAUUUACCAAGUGCGGGUGAAUGGAAGAGUAAAGAAAAUCCACCAUAUUUUUAUUAUAUGUAUUACACUUAUGCAAAUAUUGCAUCAUUAAAUUAUUAUAGAAAACAGCGUGGAAUGAAUACUUUUGAUUUUAGACCUCAUUGUGGGGAAUCAGGUCAUAUUCAUCAUUUAGCAGCAGCAUAUCUUACUGCUAAAGGAAUUAAUCAUGGUAUUAGAUUAGAAGCAUCACCUGCAUUACAAUAUCUUUAUUAUUUAAGUCAGAUUGGAUUAGCAGUAUCUCCAUUAAGUAAUCAUAAUUUGUUUCUUGAAUAUGAAAAGAGUCCAUUUAAUGAUUUCUUUAUGAGAGGGUUAAAUGUUUCAUUAUCAUCUGAUGAUCCAUUACAAUUUCAUAGAACACAAACACCAUUAAUGGAAGAAUAUGCUAUUGCACAACAAACAUGGAAUUAUGUUACUGGGGAUAUGGCUGAAAUAGCAUAUAAUAGUGUAUUACAAUCUGGGUUUACAGAAGAAGAGAAAGAAUCUAUGUUAGGAGAGAAUUAUCAUAACUUUAAUGAAAAAAAUUCAAAUAAAACACGACUAACACUUAUCAGAAAGAAUUAUAGAGAUACUUCUUUAAAAUUAGAAAGAGAUUAUAUUGAAAUUUUAAGUGAUGAAAAUAAAAUGAAAGAGUCACAUAUUUUUGCUAACAUUCCAUAUUCAAUUAUUGAUGUUGUUUAUCCAGAAAAUGGAAUGGAAGAAGAAAUUGAUGUUAUUAGAAAAUUAGAGUUUUGGUUAAAUGUCAGAGAGAAAUAUCUUAGUUAUUGUGCUAAAUUAAGAACAACAAGAAAUAGUUUCUUUCAUCCUAAUGCACAAACAACAGAAGUAAUUGCAUUAAAUCAAGGAAUAUUUAAUGUAUAUAAUGAAGAAGCUAUAUGUGAAAAUGAUCACUAUCAUCUAGCAGAGAUUUAUUGUCAAGAAUGUGGUAAAAGAUUUUGUAUUAAAUGUUAUAAAAAAACACAUAAAGGAAUUUAUCAUUCAUUACUUCAAUUAAAUUGUAAACCUACAUUUGAUAUUAUUGAUGAUGAACAAUUCUUUUGGGAUUAUAAAGCAUUAAAAAAAUUUUGUCAAAGUGGUCCAGCAAGAACGUUUUGCUUUAGACAAAUGCAUGUCCGAUCUGAACUAUUUCAAUUAUACCAUUUACUUAAUGAAAAAAGUGAAGAUAUAGAACAAACAGCAUUAAAAACAGAUUUUGAACAAAUUACUAAAGUAGAUACUCAUGUUCAUGCUAAUAGAUCAUUUCAUCCAACUGAUUUACUUGAAAUUAUUCAAAAGAAAUUAGAAAAAGAACCUACAAGAGUAGUUAGAAAAGAAUUAGAAUUAAAUGGUAAAACGUAUUAUGAUAUAACAUUACAACAAUUAUUUGAUUUAUUAGGAGUUAAACAAUUUAAUAUUCAUUCAUUAAAUGUUCAAUCAGAUCCAUCACUUGUUUCUAGAUUUGAUUUAUGGUUAAAUAAAUAUUACCCAUUUGGUCAAUUAAAAUUAAAAGAAUUAUUCCUUACAAUUAAUAAUGAUAUCCAUGGAGAAUAUUUAUGUGAGUUAUUAAAAAGUACUGUAUUUGAACGAUUAAAAGUAUUAGAAACUAUUAAAACUGAAUAUCGAUUUAAUUGUAGUGGAAUGGAAUUAAAUGAAAUGGAAGAGUGGGCUAAUCAAAUCGUUAAAUCGGGGUUAAUAGAACCUAAUAAUAAUUCUUAUAUUAUUUGUAUUCCACGUAUUUAUUCUAGAUGGAAAGAAGAAGGUUAUAUUAAUAAUUUCUCCGAAUUUCUUAGAAAUAUAUUUAAACCUUGUUUUGAAGCAACACUACAUCCAGAACAACAUCCUAAUCUUGCUAAAUUUUUAUCUAAUUGUGGUGCAUUUGAUUGUGCAAGUGAAGAACUUUUACAUGAAGAAGAAAUUGAACCAAGAAAUAUUAUAAGACCAGAUGAAUGGGAUAUGAAUGAAAAUCCUCCUUAUGAAUAUUAUUUGUAUUAUUUAUAUGCUAAUAUAACUGUUCUUAAUGGAUUUAGAAAAGAAAAAAAGUUAAAUACGUUUGAUUUUAGACCUCAUUGUGGACAGGCAGGUGAUAGAAUGCAUGGAGCAGCUGCAUUCCUAACUGCAAAUUCUAUUACUCAUGGAGUUAUGAUUGAUGGACAAAAUACACUGCAAUAUCUUUAUAUUUUAGCUCAAAUAGGAAUAUCAUCUUCUCCAAUUCAACAAGCAGCAUUAUAUGGAGGAGUAGUUGAUCCAUUUAGAAAAAUGUUUGAACGAGGAAUGAGGAUAUGUUUAAGUACAGAUACACCGUUACAUACUCAUAUUACAAAAGAACCUUUAACUGAAGAAUAUUCAUCUGCAAUGAAAAAUUUCCAAUUAACACAAACUGAUUUGGCUGAGAUUGCCCGAAAUUCUGUUAUUAUUUCAUCAUUUCCUCAAGAAUAUAAGGAAAAAUGGAUCGGGAAGGAUUAUAAAUUACCUGGAAUUGCUGGAAAUGAUUCAAGCAAAACAAGUAUUCCUGAUAUGAGACUUGAAUUUAGACAAAGAAUCAUCGACAACGAAAUUCGUACAUUUGAGAAAUGGUUAAAAAAUUCAAAUAACAUUAUAAGGGAAAAAGCUGAUUUUAAUUAA